AUAAGAGUUUAAUAAUAUUUCUAUAUUUCUUUUAUGGUUGUUGAAUAUUAAAUAAAAUAAAAUUGACAUAAUAUCUUAAGGCCAUUCAUUUAUGUAGUACAUAGUGUAAGACGACUUAAUAAAAUUGUGUUUGUGAUUUUUAAUUAUUGUGAAAAGUUGUGGAAAAGAUUAUAAGAACGUGAAAUUAUUAAUAAAUAAAUGUGUGUUUAAGUUAUCUUCUAUUGAAAAUUUAUAUUUAUUAAAUCCACAAAUAACAUUAUGGAGAAAAUCAAAAAGUGUUGCUGUAAUUGUUGCCCAACAUCAUUUCGAGCAAAAUUUCGUCCAAAUGAAGCUUCUAAUUCUAUGGCAUUAAUGCCAAGACCACCAAGGGAAUCAGAAGUUGCAGAUACUGUCGAUGGUACCGUAUUACAACUUGCACCAGAAAUUUUAACAAUAAAAGAAGUUGAUUUAUGUCUGAAACAAAAUGGCGAAGAGCACCAUACAUCAGAAUACGAAUUAAUGAAUAGGAAGGAGAAACCAUGUUUGGUUGUUCGACGUGGACAGUCAUUUUCGCUGGAAAUAACAGCAAAUCGUGCAUUUAAUCCUGAAACAGAUGGGAUUUCUUUUAUUUUUAGCGUUGCUGACUCAACCAAACCUAAUUAUGGUCAAGGAACAUUAGGUAUUGCCGGGUUACAACAAAAACAUGCAAUCGAUGAAACAAAUUUAGAAUGGAAUGCGUGGCUCGAAGAUUCCACUCAAGAAAAAAUAAAAAUUCGAAUAAAUACACCCUCAAAAUGCGUUGUAUCCGAAUGGAAGAUGGACAUUGAUACAAAAUUACAAUCAACUGGAAAUGCGGUUAGUUAUUCACUACCUGUAGGCAUUUUCAUAUUGUAUAACCCAUGGUGCUUGCAAGAUCAAGUUUAUUUAGAAUCAGAAGAACAUCGACAAGAGUAUGUUAUGGAAAAUACAGGUUUAAUAUGGCGUGGAACAGGAAAUCGUUUACGUCCUGUACCUUGGGUAUAUGCACAAUUUGAAAGAGAUAUUUUAGAAUGUUCUUUAUACGUAAUGCGUAAAGUAGGCAGAUGUUCUGGCAAAACGCGAUCCGAUCCUGUUAAAGUGACUAGAGCAUUGUCAGCAGCUGUAAAUUCACCGGACGAUGACGGAGUAGUUUAUGGAAAUUGGGGCACAGAUUGGGGAAAACAUACACCGCCUACAAAGUGGGUUGGUAGCAUGAAAAUUUUACAACAAUAUUAUAAAACUAAAAAACCAGUUAAAUAUGGACAAUGCUGGGUAUUCUCGGGUGUUUUAGCAACAAUUUGCCGAUCAAUUGGUAUUCCAUGUCGUAUUGUGACAAAUUAUGCAUCAGCUCACGAUACUCAAGAUUCCUUGACAGUCGAUUAUUUUGUCGAUGAAAAUGGUAAAUUAAUGGAAGAAAUGAUUGAAGAUUCUGUUUGGAAUUUUCAUGUAUGGAACGAAGUUUGGAUGGAUCGUCCAGAUUUAGGACCUGAAUUUGGUGGUUGGCAAGCUAUUGACGCAACACCGCAAGAAUUGAGUGACGAAAUGUAUCGAUGUGGUCCAGCCCCAGUUGCUGCCGUUAAACAAGGGGAAGUGCUACGCCCUUACGAUUGUAGUUUUCUAUUUUCCGAAGUAAAUGCAGAUAAAGUAUAUUGGAAAUAUUCCGGACCAACUCAACCAUUGAAAUUAAUGCGCAAAGAUACAUUAGGAAUUGGUAAAUUUAUGAGCACAAAGGCUGUAGGUAAAAUGGAAAGAGAAGAUAUCACUAGUAAUUAUAAAUAUCCUGAAAAAACUGAAGAAGAGAGAUUAACAAUGUUGAAGGCAUUACGUCAAUCGGAAAAUCUAUUUUCAAGAUACUAUUUGAAUGAGGAUUUCAAUGAUAUUAAAUUUGAUUUUGAAUUACGGGAUGAUAUUAAAAUUGGACAACCAUUUACUGUUGCAUUAUUGGUAAGAAAUCGUAGUUAUACCAACGAUCAUACCGUUAGUGUUAUUUUAAGAGUUGAAACGACCUAUUACACUGGAAAAAUACACGAUUUAGUCAAACGUGACGAACAAGAAAAACUCAUUAAAGCCAAUUCAGUCGAAGAGAUUCGAUUAAACGUUACAUUCGAAGAAUAUCACAAGAAAUUAUGUGAUCAAUGCUUCUUCAAUAUCGCAUGCUUGGCAACAGUUGCUGACACAAAAUUCGAAUAUUUUGCACAGGAUGAUUUCCGUGUACGUAAACCGGACAUUAAAAUUAAAUUACAAGACGCUAGUCCACAAGAAAUGUUAGUUUGUACUGCUGACAUAUCGUUAGAAAAUCCACUACCAUUGCCGUUAAAAAAGGGUGUGUUUUAUGUGGAAGGACCAGGAAUACCAAAUCAAAAAGUUAUAAAAUUAAAAGAUACAAUUCCAGUAGGUGGUUUUGCUAAGGCACAAUUGGAUUUCAUCCCACCGAGAACCGGAAGACAAACAAUUACUGCCAAAUUUACAUCGAAGGAACUAGAAGAUGUCGAUGGCUUUACUCGAUUUACGGUUAUCCCAAAUAAGGAAAUGAAUAAUAUGAAAAAUGGAACGAAUACGUAAAUAUUACAUAGAACUGAAAAAAACGCUUCAAUUGGGUGCUAAUACAUUUGAAUAAUAUUAUUUUUUUAAUAUUGACUUUUUUUUUUAUACGAAGUUUAUAAAAUACCAAAACAAUAUGUCUAUUUUUAUAUAAAUUUAUUACGUGUAAGAUACUUACUUAGAUUUUAAACGAAUUUAGUGCCAAAAACGUGCUUUUUCUUGAC